AUGGCGGCCUCGGCGCUGACUGUGGGCCUUGCUGCCGCUCUGGACGCUCGACGCGCGGAGGCCGUGCAGGGUUACACUGCUGGCAGGAUUCCGGGUGUGUCCGCAUCGCCAGAUGCCCAGGGUUUCUACACUUAUAAGAGGCCGCCAGGCAAAUCUGGAGGGCAUGGCGUGGGCUGGAGCGAGAUUCCACCGUACACAUUCAAGAUCCCAGAGGGCUG